CACCUCUCAACCGCGUCUCAGUAAUUUUGACAUCGUCACCUCCAAACCCCAAACGCAACUCAACCGUCCGCCUUAUUCUGCGCCGACACUCCAAACCCCGAUCACAGCUUACCACCAAGCAUACAAUACGUUACCUUCGAAAUUAUGCCUUCCCGGCGAUCAGGCCGCGCAGCCGCGAAACGCGCACAACAGGCCCUCGAAAGCACCCCAAAGACAUUCGAAGGCCUAGACGACGAGGAUGAGCCUAUGCCCGAUGCCGAUCAAGACGACGCCGAGCCAUCACAACGAGACGGCGAGGAUGAUGUCGAGAAGGAUGACGAGUCGGGUGGUGACGGACACGAGGAAGAGGAAGCCCCCGAGGAAGACGAGUCGGGCAAGAGCCCAAGCCCUCCCCCAGAGCCUGUCAUCCGCCGCCGACGCUUGGGGCGACCACCCAAGAACCGACCUCCCGACUGGGACACUCUGCCGAUCGAACCCCCCAAUCGUGAUGAAAACGCUCCUCGCCGUCGCGGUCGCGGAGGAUGGAGAGGCAGAGGCGGCCGCAAAGGCCAGCAUUUUCAACCAACCCAGCAAUCCAUUGACAAAGAUGGUACCGUCCUCGACAUUAUCAACGACGAGGUGGACCUUCCCGAGGACCCGGAGGGUGAGAAGAAGGUUGAUAAGCUAGGAAAUCUUCAGGAUGGCCGCGAGUAUCGUUGCCGUACAUUCACCGUCCUUGGCCGUGGAGAUCGUCUAUACAUGCUUUCGACCGAGCCAGCACGUUGUGUCGGCUUCAGAGACUCGUAUCUCUUUUUCACGAAACACAGAAAACUCUACAAGAUCAUCGUUAACGACGAGGAAAAACGGGACAUGAUCGAGCGGGAAAUCAUCCCACACAGUUACAAGGGCCGUACGAUUGGUAUUGUGACAGCACGUUCAGUGUUCCGCGAGUUUGGCGCCCUAAUCAUUGUCGGCGGACGAAGGAUCAUUGAUGACUACGAAGUCGCCAAGGCGCGUGAGGAGGGUGUCGUUGAGGGCGAGCUCGCCGAUCCCAACGAUAUUUUCGAACCAGGCAAGCCUUACAACAAGAACCAAUAUGUGGCGUGGCACGGUGCAAGCUCAGUUUAUCACUCGAAUAUACCGUCAGUACCACAGCAAAACGCCAAGGUUGCCCCAACCAAACGACGGGUUGCUGUCAAUGACGUUAAUUGGCAAUUGGAACAUGCUCGCGAAGCCAGUAACUUCAAUAGCAUCCUCACCAGCGUCCGGCGCGCCAACCUGAAUGGUGUCUAUGACAUUCACACCAACCAAAUGCACUACCCGCACAUCAUCCAACCUACACAUGCCCGUAUCACGCAGGUGGUAGACUCUGAAGACGCCUCGUCAUCGUCCUCAGACCUUCCUCCUGUCAAGCCCUCCAUAUCCCGCAACUUCCUCAUCACCGACGUGGAAAUCGAGCUGCCACCCGCUGGCAUUUCCCCGGCCGCCUACGAGGUACCCUUCCGUACAUCGCCCGCCGAUCGGGCUGCUUCCGCGCGUGCCGACUUCCUUGCCCCCUUCAAGGGCUUGAGCGCCGUACCUGACGAUAUCAGGGAUCUGCUGCCCGAGGAAUGCAGGAAAGCUUUCGACAGUGCAGUGAAGAAUGAGGAGGAGUGGUUCGGCAAGUGGGGUGACGAGAAGGAUACGACGUGUCGCCGCGAGCCGGUGAUCGAUAAGGCUAUCGUGCCUUAUAGUAUGAAUAUCAUGUGAGGAGACAUUGUGGACUUUCGACAGAUGUCGCGUCUGAAGACCUGUACACAGACAUUAGCU